AUGACCCUUCAAUGGAGCCGACAUGCGCUUUGGGGCGUCACCGGCGUGGGGGUGCUCGCGGUGGGGAUUACGGGGGUGGCGUUGUACCACCACCGCUUUGCCCGCCAUUUCGCGGUGAAUCCCUCGAGGGCCGAAACCGCGGCUUUCCCCCCUUCCAAGCCCUCUUCGCCUCCAUCCGGGACCCCCCCUCCGCAGGAUGAGGAGCUUUCCCCCGCCAUGCGGGAUAACGCGAUGGGGCUUUUCGAUCUUUUGAAGAAAAAGGCCAACCUGGAUUUCCAGGAAGGCCGCUUCGAGGCGGCCCUCAAAGGCUAUCAAGACUGCAUCGACAUCACCCACGCCUUGGGAAGUCGGGAUCGGGAGGCUGUCAAGCUCGGGCAGGUGGCUUGCGCGAACGCCGUGAUGUGUUAUAUUAAGCUGAAGAAUUUUGACGACGCCUCGUUGGUGGCUUCUUUUAUGCUCGACGAUAAGGCGUUUCCGCUGGAAAGUGAUCUGAAGGUGAAGGUUCUCUUUCGACGAGGUUUGUCCGCCAAGGCGCUCGAUAAAAAGGAGGCGGCUUUGGCAGAUUUCAGGGCAGCGAUGGAGUUAUCGCCCGGCCAGAAGAAUCCUGCAGCGGAGCGAGAGAUUGCAAUGUUGUUGUAA